AACUAAGUCGCCGUAUGAUCGUGAAACGUGUAACAUCGUCAGUGUUUAUUUUAAUCAUCGAUGGUUAGUGAUUCGCGAUGAUUUAUAUAGUUCGAUUAUUUUAUAAUUGUCGAUUUUUAUAAUUUAAUAAAUUUUAGUAAAAUCCAGUUGAUCUGGGUUAAAAUGUGUUGGUUCAAGAAUUUUAUAGUUUUUAUUAUUUUUAUUUUAUUAGGAAUAUCAAAAUCUCAAAUAAAGGAUGGUAAUUAUCAUGAAUGUCUACGAUCGUGUCUUGAUAAUGCACUUUCAAAAAAAUUAUGCCGUUAUGAAUUCUACGUUGGAGAAUUGCCUAAUACGAUAAGCAUUCAUAAUAGUUCUGAAAGUAAAAAUGAAUCAAUGAUUGACAAUAAAAUAAUAUUAUCGAAAAUGUUCUUAGGAAUUAAUGGAAGAAGUCCGGGACCUCAAAUAGAGGUAUGUGUCGGAGACACAAUAGAAAUUCUUUUAUAUAAUAGAUUAGGAUCUGAAGAAUUAUCUUUCCAUUGGCAUGGAUUACGACAAAAAAAUUUUGCUCAUAUGGAUGGUGUUCCAAUGGUUACACAAUGUUCCAUAUUACCAUUUGGAGGUUUUCGAUAUAAAUUAAAACCGGAAAAUGUUGGUACAUACAUUUAUUAUGCCCAUAUAGUUUCACAGCAGGGCGACGGUAUAUACGGGUCGUUGACAGUUCGAGGACCACAAGAUGACCCUAGCUUGGAAAGGAUACUUCUCUUGUCAUCAAGGCCGCCAACUCCACUGUCGCGGUACUCGCAUCUACAUCCACCUACGCCCAGUGAACUCCUCUUAAAUGGCCAGAAUAACGGAUUUAUCUUUGAAGUCCACUAUGGAAGAAAAUAUUUAUUCCGACUUAUUAACGCGCAUGCAUACAAUUGUCCUGUACUAUUAUCCAUUUCUGACCACGAUUUUCACGUGUUGGCUAUUGAUGGCAACCCGGUUGAACCAACGAUUGGUAGACACAUCGUUUCCUUUCCAGGUGACGCGUGGAACGAACCAGAAACGAACGACACGCGACUUGGCAUGGAGUGGACUCGCGACAAGACUCUCGAGUUAUUGCGCGAGUAUCAACAAAGACGCGUCCUUUGGGAUUGGAACACUCGUGGUUAUCGCGAUCGAGCCAAACGGAAACGCGCGAUUCAAGAACUCGCCGAGAUUCUUUGUUGCAACACGCUCGAAAUCGAGAAAAAGAUCACUAAUCUAAAGUGUCAGUAUUCGAGAGAAGUUCAUAAGAUACAGAAUAGCCGCGAUGCCGCUACCGGGCCCGACGAUGUUUACGUAUCUAAGUGGUUCGCCUUUAAGGCGAUGCAGUUUCUGCAAUUUGGUACACGUAGAUACAGUAAGAGGAAGAAGAAAGUCGAUGAAGAGACGCCAAAGUUGCAAGAAGAGUACAUAGUGAGUGACAUCGAUCCUGAAAGUAUAACGUUCACGGAUUAUAACGAGGAGACGAACGGAUCUGGAACUGGUUCGUUCAACGCUUCGCUGAGCGAGGAUGCCGAAGAAUCGUCGUCGUCGAGCCUGAAGGCGAUGGAACUGUACAACGGCUCGUUGCAGAAUCAAAACAGCCCGAUCUGCGAUCUGGACGAGAGCGGGCAGAUAAAACUCGAGGCCACGUCGGACGAGCGCAAGAGAACGAAAGAGGAGUUCGCGAAGUUUGCGGAGAGUAUCGCCGUACAAUUGGCCGAGAUCCCGGAUUCGUAUUCGAGAUCGGUGGCAAAGUUGAGGAUCAAUCAGAUCCUAUUCGAGGCCGAGAUAGGGGUUUACGCGCAAACGAGUGAGAGAUUUGACGUAAUUAUCGAAACAAAUCAACCUCCUGGAAAGUAUCUUGUCAGUAUAAAGGGAUUUUUGGACUGUCAAGAUCUUCGUCAAGAAGCUUUUAUUCUUUAUGAUAACGUAAAUCCGGAAUCUGUUGCGAUAAAGGACGAGCAACUAUCAAAAAUCAACGACUAUACAAUUGCGAACAUGGGUCACGAUUGUCACGAGAUAUCAAGAAAUUUUAUUUGUUCAUUGGAUUUAAAAGGAUUGAACAAAGUCGACGAAAUUAAUUCGAGCGAAAUUAUUUAUAUUCCAUUCGAUGUGAAUUCUUUCUCUUAUAUCACGGAUGCAAUGUCCGAUUAUAGAUAUAAUUUUUACGGAUGUCCUUUUUAUCCAUCAGAUUUAAGUACGAAUGAAGAAGAGGCAAAAGUCGCUCAAAUUAAUCGUAUGUCAUUUAAGUAUCCUACAUCCCCGCUAUUAUCUCAGCCGGAAAAUACAGCAGAGGAGUCAAUUUGCUCUCUCGAAAAACGUUCAAAAGAGUGCGCUGACACGCCAUUGUUUUGUGAAUGUAUUCGCAUGAUCGAAGUCUCGCCUAAUAAAAAUGUCGAUAUCGUUUUAAUUGAUCAGGGUUUCGGUGGAAAUGUUUCUUAUACGUUCCAUAUACAUGGUUAUAACGCAAGUAUCUUAGGAAGAAAAAGCUUUGGAAGAGCGAUUACGAAAGAGGAAGUAAUGCUUUUGGAUCGUAAGAAACAGUUACAUCGUAAUUUUUUAAAUCCUCCUCGAAAAGAUAGUUUUGUCGUUCCAAAUAAAGGAUACCUUAUUCUCCGCCUUUUUACCGAUAAUUUAGGAUAUUGGUUGUGGGAAGCACGAAGCACAGCAUUGACUCAGGGAAUAUCUGGACCUGUUAUGCAAUUUUUAUUAAAGGUAGGAAGUCGCGAAAGCUUUUUACCUGUUCCACUAGACUUUCCCACCUGUGGAAGCAAUAAACAUCCGGAUAUGGUAUUCGAAACAAAUUAAUUUAUCGCAUAAAUUGUAAUUUAUUUUCAUAUAUUUAUUUCAUAUCCAUUUAUUUAUUUAAAGCUAAUUAGUUACACUUGAUUUGAUCGUUAAGUAACAUAUAUUAUUUAAUCGUUUGAUAAAAUAAUUAUUUAACGGAUCAAACAAAUAAAUUUAAAAUUAUCCAACAAAUAAAUCUUUUGUGAAAUU